AUGACCGCCACUCUUGAACGCAGUCUCUCUCGUACCUCGAGCAUUUCUCUACCGAUAUCUAGCCCCAUGAUCUCUCUCCGACACGAGACGACUUCGCCCAUGUCUGACUCGUCUCUCUCCCACAUUCACGAUCGUUUAACCCUCCUUGACUCGCGUGUACUGGAACUACGAUCCAACAUUCUCACCAAGGACGGCUAUGUCGAGCGACGCAACCGCGAAGAUGAGCAUCUUCGACGUGAAUUCGAAGCCCACCGCUCCAUCAGCAACAGGAUCGAUUUGAAUGUUGUGGCGCUGAGAACGGACGUUGACCAACUCAAAUCGGGAAUUUUGCAACUGAAGUCUAGCCUGGGCCAAGCUAGCAAUGAAACAGUCUUCCUCCGCAGUGAUGUUGACCGGCUCUCCAAGAAUGUCGACCAGAUACAGUCCGAUGUAGAGCAUCUCCAGACCGACGUUUGCGGAUGCCGCGUGGAAAUCAGCAAACUGCACUCGACUAUAAGCCAGCUUCGGACCGAUCUGAUUACCCUACAACACGAAACGUCGCGGCAUUUGAACUCGGUUUUUGAGCGGUUCUCUUUGAUCGAGUCGCGUAUGAAGCAUUCGGAACGAGUGCGGUUCAACUCGCUGGCUCAUACCACCCAUGCUCCUAUCACUCCUGUCCCUGUUGUUGAAGAGGAUGGGUCUCUACGCUGGCCAGAAUAUUUCCCACGCACUGUGUGGAGAUUCUGGUGUUUAAAGAAGCGCAGCCGACUGAACCGUCUAAUACUUAUGUCCGACUUUUAUCAGCUGGGUGGCUACGAAUACUGGGGCCGCAUGCACCAGGCGGACGCUAUGUUUGCAAGUGAUAGUGAUUCAAGUGAUUCGAGUGAUUAUCCGUCCAACCUGACCAGGGCUGAAGCUGUUCGGCUUUAUCCCGAAGCCGCACAUCAAGCCCUCGCUGCAACGCUCGGUCUUGUAUAUUACAAGAUUCGGAAUGAAGUUGGAGAGAGCCCAUCCUCUCCUAUCCAACGACCGCGCAAACGGCAACAUGAGGAGGCAGAUUCGGUAGCGUCUAGUUCCAAGCAGAAGCCUGCCAAGAUUGCUCGCCGCCCCAACAAUCUCUCACCGACCGCCCUCCACCGCCUGGUUACCGGGCCUUCUCUGGACACAAAGUCCUUGGCUUCUGAGGAAUCCGACAAGCUUGGAUGGAAUGCUCAUUCGGAGGUUUCUGAUGAAACGAUGAGCAAGCUUAGAGGAAUUGUCUCCGAGGAAGUGGGCGUAUUACUUCGCGCCUUGGAGCGUGGCCACCUCAAGUUGAAGCCCAGCCGAUCCGAGCGUAUGAACAUGUCACCAACAGGCUCGAAAGCCGGGUCGCGGAUUGACCAUGUUCCUUCCGAACCAAUGCCGGAUGCCGAAGCUACUUUAAGUACCAUUCCAACCGAGAUUCUUUCGCCUUCUGCUCAAGUUGUGGUGAAGAUGCAGAGAACUGAAGACCCAGAGCUUCCUGAUACGGCUUCUGAUACGACCAGC